AUUAAAGCAAACAUGGCGGCGUCCAUGUGCAGGACCGCGAAGAAAGCGUUCCACUCUAAUGGGAUUAUAAAGAGCUUGGUAAGAGAUGUUUUCACAUUUCCGGACUCUGAUCUUUGAUUCUUUCUAGUAUACUUAUAUUGUUACUUGUUUAUUAAUUUCUUUUGGUCAGUUUAACAUUGCAUCAGGGUCCAGUGCGGUUUUCACCUCAUCACAGCAAAUUUCGAAUAUACAUGCUACCGGUACGUAAUUUAAACCGAUUUCACAAAAUGGUACUGGGAGUAACUGCAGAAUACCCUGCCACUUCGAAGCUCUAUCCCUGAGAGAAUUGGAUACGUGGAUACGCAGUUAUCCCUUUCAUGCGCUUAACUUUCCUACCUUGCUAGCGACAUACUAUAUGCUGUCUUAAUUGUAUAUCGGAGUGGAUACUCGGAUACGUAGGGACUAUUAUUUAAAAGAUAUUUACUUUUGUGGAUACGCAGAUACGUAGUGACAAAGUGGAUACGCGGAUACGUAGUGAUUGAGUAUCUGCAUAUCCACCUAUCCACCUAUCUUUAGGGGUUCACAGGAAAUGGCAUAGUCAAAUAACCAAUUGUAAUUUCAGUAAUGAUUUUAUGCUAAUUCAUGUGCCGUUUAAAAUUCGUCUUUUGAAUUGCAUCGAACGAUUCCACAAGACAAUUUCCUGUGGUUGUGUUAAAGUGGCAGGGUAUUCUGCAGUUAAGCCGGUUACUGGGGUGUGUAAUUUAAAUAUUAGAGUUUGCUGUACAGAGAUGUUCACUUUUCAGGCCUAGGGGUGUCUGCUUUACUGGGGUGUCACCUUUCUGCAGGGGUGACCACCUUCUUACAACCACACAGAUCCACUACGGACAGGGGUCCAUCUAACAUCUCCAUACGGGGUUGUCUACCCUCCGAUAGGGCUGUCCAUUAUAAUCUUAGAAUUGUAGCAGCAAAGUGAUCCUUACGGCAAAGAGGAGAAGAUGAAACAAACUAAGAUCAAGACUGUUGGCUUUAGUUUACCUUACCUGUUUUAUUUGGUUUUGAAUUUCUCUUCACCAUAAAGAUCAGUUUCCUAUUGUUUCUACAGUACUGUUGUACAUGUCUCUUUUACAAAUUCAGAUCUUUUCAGAGAUCCAACUACAUUGAACUCACGGGUUAUAGCUAAAGUUUGUACUUCAAUCUUUAUAGUGUACCUGCUGUGAUGCAAUUUUAUCCUUGUUAAAAAAUGUAUUUCCCUUUGUUUUAGGUUAUGGUAAUGUAUAAUAUGUAGAAUUAGCCAGGGCUAAAAGCAAAGCUCUGGUUAAUAAUAUGUGUAAACAAAAAAAAUUAAAUCAUGUAAUGCUAAAUGGGGACGACAAUGAAAAUGGCUUCAAGACUAAUAGAUCUAAUAAUUAGAUUGUGUUUUUUUGCUAAUUAUUAGCAAAAAAACAAAAUGCACGUGCAGCACACUUUUUCUUCUAAUUCGCAAAAAACAAAUUUGCACAUGAAGCACGCUUUUUUGUCUUUCCCUUGCUGUUGUUUUGCACGAUUACCACGCUGUUUUGCACGACUAAAACAUCAAACUUCCUAGUUACACAUUAUUUUUAUGGAGGAACUGUUGUAUGUGCUUACCCAAUAUUUUGUUUACUGUGUUCAUGUUCUCUAUUAUUUUUUACUGCCGCUCAUUUUCACCUUUCUGGCCACUAGCAUUUCUCAUUUUCUCACCGCCGCUUUGAAUUUCCAUGUUUUUCUUCCUACGAAAUUCGUCUCCUUUGUUUUCAAUAACUCGCUCUAGCUCUUUCUCUGUUAUCCAUGUUAGUGUAAACAUAAAAAAUAACGCCAAAAAAGACACAACUUUGUUGUUGUUUUUUCUUUCUUAAAGUCUGGGCGACCAUGUGAUUUCCUUCCAAAUAAAACCUUGGGUUGCAUUUGGGUUGCCAUACCUGUUGACUGAGUUAUUUUAUAUUGCUAUGCCUGUGGAGCGGUCGGGCGGUCGGUCGGUCGCUCGGUGUAAGGUCACGUGAUUACCAAAUUUUCUUGGAUGGGUAGAUUACCACAUUUCAUUAGCUAUGGGGCUCUGCCAACGCGCGGCACGAAGCGGCUGGGCGUGGAGCUCUGCUAAUAAUGAGUUUAAAACAAAGGGAAAUAAAAUUUAAACCAAGGAUAAAAUAGAAUUGAACCACAAAGUAUCCACCAUACAGUACAAGAUUACCAUAUCUACUGAAUUGGAGUACUUUGUCCACCUCUCAGGGGCAUCCAUCUCACAAGGGUAUCAGUCAUAAAGAUAAUUAUGUUCCUUUCUCAAAUGUCCAUCUCACUGGGUUAUCUACCUUACCUUGUACCUAAGGGGGAGAUACUCAAGAAAAUGUUAUAUGAAAAGGCUGUCCCAGGAUCCAGCUCUUACAUAGUGUACCAUUUCUGUCAGAGAAGGUAUCACUUCCACAUACUUUUAAUGGGACUGCCUUUGGCAAAAUCCAAUCAAGAUCUGUGUUGAAAGACAAAUUGGUACACUGAUUAAUUAAUGUAACCUGAAGUCAUUUCAUACUCCAUCCCUCUCUCAGUGGGAAAGAUCAUUCGACUUUUGGGGGGAGGGAUGGGUCAUUUCUUAGCAAUGUGAUAAGAAACAAGUGCAAAAGCCCGGGAAAACAGCCAGCAUUUUACAAUGCCAUUACUGUUUCUCUGAGGAGCAAGUGCAGAAAUAUGAAAUCUUCCAUACUGAUGAUGUGUCACUACCCAGAUCUUGGUAGGGCUUCCGAUUACUCAUGCCAUGACUACAGAAAUUUUGCUUCAAUUGCUGCUUCAAGCAGCCCAAUUUGUACCUGUGACAGUUAUCUUCAACUAGUUAAUAAAAAUGCACUUCAUCAUAAUACUUUUUCUAAAUUAUAUGCUAGAAAUGAGGUGUUACUUAAAAUAUCAAAAUUGCUAGAGAACAUCAAGCAAUAUUAGAAAAGAUUGGUUAACCAAAACUUACCUAAUUACAUAGCUCACCUUAUGGCAGGGGCCCUUUUUAAGAGCACAUGACUGUAAAUAUCGAGAAUCGCUGGCCAAGCUAAAAAAAACGAAAAUUCUGAUAAUUUGUCAGAAAAACCCCUUUGGGGAACUAUCUUCGAAAAAAAUAUUUUCAACUUUCAAGAAUCUAUAGUUUUCGAGAAAAUGAGGAAAAACGAAAAUAGCGGUUUUUGCCUAAUUAAUUAUGCAAAAAUUAGAGUAAAAUUGACCUACUUCAUCGCGUCUGUACCGAGGCAAGAUUCAAAGCUAUAAAACAGAAAUAUUUUUGUUUAAAAGAAUUCUAUCUUUUCUUUCUAUCUUUGGUAUGUUUUAAGCCAUAAACAUGAUUUUGAAUUUUUUAUGGUUUUUUAAAAACUACCAUCAAUGGCACUUUUUAAAACGGCUAAAAAAUGAACAACUUCAGAGGCGAAAAACUCACCCUGGUAUGUGUGAUACCUAGUCAAAAUGUAUUCUAGGACAAAGUUCAGCUCUUAUAUUAACAGAAUAUGAAAUAAAAAAUCUGGAUACUCCGGAUUCGCCUUUACAAAAUAAAAAGUUUCGUGACCACCAGUGGAAAAAUGACACAAAUUUGCAUAAGUCAAAUUUGUAGAGAAAUGUUGCAGCAGCCGGGUUUUGUUUCAAUUCAGGGUCAGUAUGCAAUGUUCGGAAACAUCACGAAGUAAGAAAACGUUUUUUGAUAACGUUUCUGUUAAAAUAUCAGAGUAAUUAACCGUUCACAAAAAAAAUAAUAAUAAAAAACGACCUCGAAGAAGCGUUAUAUAAAAGCGCCGAAUUAUUAUGUAAACUAUAUCCCAUGUCUCUCGUUUCGUUUCCUAACUUCCUUGUAUUAUUAGCAUCCAUCUGUAUCAUCGUAAAUUCGACUCCGGUAUAUCUAAAAUAGGUAGGUACAUUUUCCUUGAAAUUUUAUUUUGAAGGAGGUUUUUUGCGAAGGGGAUACACUGCGUGAGAGUAUAAAGCCAUAAACAAACAGUUGGAGUAACAAUGUCACGCAACGACGUCUCGAGCAGCUCCGCCUUCUUUUACUGAUUUUUUUCUCCUUAGGAAAUUUUAUGGAAACUUUGUUUUGAACAGACAAUGCGUUGUUCGCAACAUCAUUUGUUUCUCAGUAGUUUAUUUUAUUUUCAGAAAGAAGGGAUACUAACUUUGCAUGAGAGAAGCCGGGGUCCGAGCCUGUCAGUCACGCACUAAAAGAUUACUACUACGUAUUACAAACAACAAACCGUCCCUUGGUUAAUUUCUCUACUUUUUCACAAAUAGAGGUAUAAUUAGGCAGCUACCAAAGGCCCUAGGAAACAGCUAAGUAAUCGUAGUUCAUACGGUCCAGCGGUUUCUCUCCUCCGAAACGAAUUCGAAACGCCUUUCCCGCAAAAACUGCCCCUUUUAGGUCAUCUCGGAGUUGUACCACCUGCCAAGGGGCGUUUUCCUUCAAAUACAAAAUGAUAUUUGUUGAUUUCAAAAAAUAAUCUAGCAGCGCCUUGGUGUGUAAAUCUAUACGCCAAACCCAUGAACAAAACAAGUUCCAACCGACGCCGCCGAAGAACUGGAAAAGGAGACCAGCGGUACAGUCGAACCUCCCGAAAGCGACCACCCAAAAUGCGCAGACUUAGUGGUCGCUAACGGGGGGUGGUCUCUUACGAGAAUCGGACCACAGGAGGUUUCUUUGAGAAGAAAAGUGGACACAUCUACUUUAAGGAAGAUAAUUUAUUGCAUGCAAUUUCCAAGUUACGAUAUGCGCAGUUUCAUGUUGUUGUUGUUCCUACCACAAGAGAUCAGAAAACUCGUCAGGUAGUCGCUUACAAGAAGUUAAAAACAAUGCAAAAUCAUUGAUCAGUCAGCCCCAAUUAGUGGUCGCAGGCGUUUACAGGAGAGAUUCCAACUGUAAGACUUAACUGGGUGGGUUUUGGUGUUUUGGAUAGGUGGUCGCACAUGGACCACCUUUCACGAUGAUGCGACUAGGAUUUGUCCAUGGAAGAUAAGACUCCUUGUUCACCGCUUUUGAGCUACUCUAACCAACUCCCACCCAUGUCGAGUGCUUGCAAAACGUAGCAUCAUCUUGAAAAAAGAAGUAUCAGAAAGGUCAUCCAUGACGCCCCUGGCCUAUCGCAGUAUCCGGGAACGAACUUAUAUCGACGUAAGCACCAUUUACUAACCGGGCAGUAAUUAAGUAAUUUGAGUACGUUUUUCAGUUUACAGCAGACCCAAGUUUUGUUUAAAGAAAUACCUGCCUUUUGCUCAGGAGUAUUAACGUCAGUACCCGCAAUGUCCCAGCUCGUGCCUUCAUACCGGAACGUCCGAUCGAAUCACUGUUUAGUUGAUAGCUACCCUUCUCUUCCUCUUCCCGACGUAUCUAGGAAGAUCGAAGGGCCUCUGCUCGCAGGGUAGUUGAUAGCGACCAAGGAGCUAAAUAACAUAGCGAGGUAAGAAAGUGGCAUCGGCGGUUUUUUUACGCCUAACCGUUUCCCAAAGUAAAGAAGGAAAGAACUUCAGACAAAGGGAAAGAAGAGUUAUGCGAUAAGACUGCUCUUAAAUUGAUGUUUAGCUAUGGCAUAUGCGAGGGGGGCUAUUUAAUUGCUGGAUAACAUGUGCCGUUACCAAAAACAUUACGGAAAAACAUUUUUUCCUUGGUUUGAAAUUUUGAUCACGAAAAUUUUAGCUCCAGCCAUUUGUGAUACCAGGCAAAAAAAUCCAAUAUUUAGAUAUUUCCCUCUUAGCAGCAGGCCCUUUAAUUAAAGUGUUCUUAAGUUUGGACGGUAUCUAAUAUUAUAUAUCCGCAGGAACGAAACAUGACAACAGCUGGUUACAGAUUGUCAAUGUGUGAGGCUGAGGUUCUGGGUUUCCUGUGACAGUUCUUGUCGAGAAGACCCCAGAUCAGUAUAUUUGCUGUUUUAGGUUGAUUCUGUGCUAUAACUUACUGCCUUUAGCCAGUCAAAAAAUGUUCACUGUAGAGUUACAUGUGGGGUAUGAAGAAGAUAUUUUAUCAGGGAGCACUAGCCAAAAAUAUCUUUUUGGGUGAUGUAUUUAAACUUGAAAAAGAUGGCCCAAUUUUUCCAGUUUUCAGUCCAUGUCCAUCCUGGCCCUCAGUAGUAACAGAACGCGACAGGAAACAGUUUCAGUUUCAGGCAAGCACGAAGUGAGUGAGAAGCGCCAGACAAGCGCGACGGGGAAGACGCAGAAAAAACAACGGCCUGUCCACAUACCAUCGUUUUUUUGCAUAUACUCCUUAAUGGCUCUCCUCACUCCCUUCGCGCUUGCAUUCGCUCCGGCUUCAGUCUUAAUUGCCAUCACUCGCCUGAAAAACGCACGCCCGUUAUGCAGGCUAGCCAGUUAGCUUGAUAUGGGAAUGGCUGAAAAAGAGAUUUGCAACACAAGACUGCUCAAUUAGACGUACAGAAGCCAAAAUUUGCACAUAUGUUACGAACCUAUGUCGAUCUUUCUCUCCCGCUCUCUUUUUUCCUUAUGCCUUUCUUCUUCUGUUGCUCCGGCACUUGAUCGUAUUCCCACUGUCUUUGUUUUGCCAGGAAUUUUGGCUGGCUAAUUUUUCAGGAAAGGGACAUUUAAUUAAUCUGUAGAGAAUAGAAGGUGAAUAGAAAAAUUGGAAGUAGAUUUUUUUACCCCAAAUGUUGCUUUUUUGUGUGUGUAACUCUCUCAAGAUACAUGAAGAUAGGUGAAAAUUUGCUAAAAGAGGUACCAGUGGAAAAAUCUAUCCUUGUUUAUUUUUAUAAGUUUAUCACCUUGGUGAAUAAAUGGAAAGCUAAAUGGGUUCAUGAAGGAUAUUCAUGGUUCCCAAAAAAAAAAAACACCCAUAAGGCCCCAGUGUCGGCAGUACUUCGUCCAUCUGAUUUACUUUUUCUAUUGAGAGGACAAUUGCAAGGAUCCGUGAGGGUCCAUUCAAUGAAGGUUUCAACUAAUCAAUGGCACAAUUACGGGUCAGUCCACUUGGCGAUCUUUGACCAUCUUUGGCUGUUCGAAAUCGUGUCUGGGCUUAAUUAAUAGUGCUGAACGCACGAACAGUGAAGAGGCAGAAAGAGGAGGUGGAAGAGUUUCAGAAAAGAGAGAAAAGGGGGCGAUGAUUACUUUAAUCUUGUCUUUACUUACGUUAUUUUUAAUAUGCGAGACGUGGCAAUUUUACCAAAAUAUAACUUUGAAAAACUACCAAGAAAAUUAACUAUUUUGGAAUUUUAUUGAUUGAAAACUUAUAGAGUCUGAUGUAUAGUGUAAGUUAUUAAUGGCAAAUCCCUAAAAUGCAUUGACGAAUAAUCUAUAUCGGUACCAUAAAAGCAUGUGCCCACUCCAAGAAAGAUGUAUGACCGCGAAAUUCAUUCAGGUGAAUAAAGUAAAGUUAAGUCAUCUGACAUGAAUAAUAUUUCUUUACACACUUCAAAACCUCUCAUUUUUUUCAUCGAGUUUGACAACUGUCACGCAAUUGCAGAAUACAGCACUACAACACCCAACAACAAUUGCUGAGCAACCUUAAUUUUAUAAUGUACAAUUAAGAAGAGCUAACAUACAAAUUACAAAACAUUUAACAUUAGCUAUUCUCCUGGUUUUGCUAUUUCAAGCCUCAAAUGUUGCGUGAUGCUAACAGUAUUGAAACCCGUCCUUGUGUACGAUAGGAAUAUGCAGAUCCAUUUAUAUGCAAAUUUGCCACAUUGUGUCACCAACCUUCACAGCAAUUUCUUAUCAAGGAUAUCAAUUUUUCAGAUCCUUUACUUAAUUUUAGCUUCAUUAAAAGGGCUUUCAUCCUUUCUCCUACGUUUCGAAUAUACCACGUACCGAAACUACAAAGAAAAAUCGGGCGCAUCAUUUCUCUACAAAUUUGAUUUAUGCAAAUUUGUGACAUUUUGCCACUGGUGGUCACGAAACUUUUUAUUUUGUAAAGGCGAAUCCGGAGUACCCAGAUUUUUUAUUUCAUAUUCUGUUAAUGUAAGAGCUGAACUUUGUCCUAGAAUACAUUUUGACUAGGUAUCACACAUACCAAGGUGGGUUUUUCGCCUCUGAAGUUGUUCAUUUUUUAGCCGUUUUAAAAAGUGCCAUUGAUGGUAGUUUUUAAAAAACCAUAAAAAAUUCAAAAUCAUGUUUAUGGCUUAAAACAUACCAAAGAUAGAAAGAAAAGAUAGAAUUCUUUUAAACAAAAAUAUUUCUGUUUUAUAGCUUUGAAUCUUGCCUCGGUACAGACGCGAUAAAGUAGGUCAUUUUUACUCUAAUUUUUGCAUAAUUAAUUAGGUAAAAACCGCUAUUUUCGUUUUUCCUCAUUUUCUCGAAAACUAUAGAUUCUUGAAAGUUGAAAAUAUUUUUUUCGAAGAUAGUUUCCGAAAGGGGUUUUUCUGACAAAUUAUCAGAAUUUUCGAUUUUUUUAGCCUGGCCAGCGAUUCUCGAUAUUUACGGUCAUGGGCUCUUAAUAUGUAAAUGACGGACUUACCUGGCGUUUCAAAAAAAUAAACUCAUUAAAUCCUACCCUUUAAAAACUUCAACUAGUAAACUCCUGAGCCCUUAAAUACAUUUAAAGCCUGAAAGGGUACUCGUCCCUGCUGCAUAGGCCAUCAAUGGUGGUACCUUUUUGGGAAGGCCAGGCUUUCAUCUUAAUAGGGGGUCUAGCUUUCAAGGGUGUCAACCUUACAGUGGGCCCACUAUACAGAGCGUUCCUCUAUGCAGGGAUGUCCAUCCUCCUACAGAAGUGUUCACCAUACUGGUCACCACCUGAAACAGGCAAAGCCUCACAGGGAUGUUACCUUAUGGUUUAGCCCAUCAUACAUGCGUGUCACAUGUUUUUAUUUGUUGUUCAUAGGGAAGAAGCUGUGGCCUGAGUCCUCUUUACUUUUCUUUGGUUUUAUUCAAAAAAGAAGCAUCUCAUUACUUACAACCUUCAAGGUUAUUGAUAACAGUGCCCUUGGUCAGCGAGUCAAGAAGAAUCGCCAACCAUACUUAAUAGGAUUUUACAGAAAAAGAAAGACUGCUGAUCCAGGAGAUGUAAUUCGAGUUGCAGUUGCUGGAAAGACAAACAAAGCCAUUGUUAUUGGCACCAGAAAGACAAAACAUCACACGGUUCCAAGAUAUGAUAACAACUGCAUUGUUCUUGUUGAUGAGAACCUUGCUCCCCUUGGAACACGCAUCAAGGGGCCAGUUCCUACAAUAUUACGAAGAAGGCAAGAUAAGUACUCAAAAGUUUUGGCUCUUGCUUCAAGGUUUAUCUGAUGUGGAUUAGAUUCUUUUUCUAACAUGCCUUAAUAUCUCUCAAUGGUCCUUCAAGCAAGGUGCUUUGUUGAAAGAAGAUUAGACAAAGACCAAAUCUUUGACUAUGUGAACCUUCUCUUGACCUUUUCAGUCCUAAGAAACAUCUUAUGCAACUAGAAGAACUGAAAGCCUAAUGGAACAACCUGCAUAGGUGGCAGUUUCAUUUACGUACUUCAUCCCUAGUGAAGCCACAAGAAUGAGCAAAAUGGGGAGAAGUUCUCUUGAGGCUUUCCACUAACCUGAGAUCAGGCUCUAUUUUCGUUUCCCUUUGAAAAUUACAUUCUGGCGGGCAAUUUCAGCGAUAGCCGUUAGAGAGAAUGUAUGAGAACCGCUCAAAUUGGGCCUGAUCUCAGGUUAGCUUUCCACAAAAACAUUUACUUUACACUGCUCCAGUGAAACUGCCAGCUAUACAGGCUUCUAAAGGAAGAAUAUUGAACACUUUACUUUUGAACCAUUCUGUUUUUCACAUUCAUUUUUGUCUAAUGAGGAACAGGAAAAAUUCAUGAAAAUAUUUUCACCAGUGAUGCUUGAAGCCUAAACUAAAGAUCACACAGGAAUUGUCAAUUAAUUUUGUUGUUGCAUUCACCAUAAAUGAUAGAAGCAUACAGGUAGAAAUCUUUGCUGUUACAUGUAUUUGCAGGCACUGAAUAAUAAACAGUCAAUGUCUACUGUGUUUUGUACUGCUCAUGCAAAUUUUGCUCCUUUAUGAUGUUUUUCAAGUCAGUUACUGUAGUGUCCGUAUCUGCUUUGAUUUUAAUGCGCUACAAUGCUACAGUCAAACCUCCCAUGAGUGACCACCCAAAAUGCAAAGAGUUAGUGGUUGCUUACAAGACUCAAACCACAGGAGAUCUUUUACUGUACAUUUUACAGAUUUUACAAUGAGUAGUCCAGACACAAUCUUUUUGGAGAGAAUGUAUUGCAUGCAAUUUUCAUUUUAUGUAAAUCCAUGUUGUUUGUAAAAGUUCUCAUUCUCUGAGCAGCAUACAUUGUAGUGCAUACAGCGAUCACAAAGACCAGACCAUUGUAUCAGGUCGUCCCUUAGAAGAGGUUUAAGAAAGACAAAGAAAAAUUUAAAACAGUCAUCCCAAAAAGUGGUCUCGGUUGCUUACGAGAGGUGCUUGUUUACUGGAGCAGCUGGAGGCUCCAACUUUAAGGCUUUGACUGGGAAAAGUUAGAAGAAGAGUUAUUAUCAACAGUGCCUUCAAACGUUGGAUAGUGCUACCCCCCGAAUAAAUCACUAUCCAGCAGAUAAGUAUUAAGGAAGCCAAUAUUACCUUAUGGAUUGGGUAGAGAUUUAUCCAGUGGAUAGCAUUGUCCACCUUUUGGAAAACUGGAGCCUAGUCUUCGGUAUCCUUUUAACCUUACUGCAUAACAACCUAACCUUAAUAAAUAAUAAAUAAAGGGAGGAAUGUCCAUGAAGCAUUUUUAAGUGUGCAUUGUUCAUCAUUCAGCUUGUAUGUUACAGGUCAAAAUAAAAUUCAGGUUAAAAUUUAAUAUCCAAGGUUGAUUCUCAAUUUUCUUUGUCUUCUGGCCCUAAUAAAUAUUCAUGAAUUAGGACUAGGAGACAGGGAAAUUGAGAAUCAACUGUGGUUAAGAAAAAUUUUAACCUGAAGUUAAUUUUGACCUGUAAGAUAUAAGCAUUUUAACAAAGAGUGGACAUCAGUGUCCAUCAUGUCAGAUUACUUUGACACAAGCUUACAAUAUUCAAACUGUUUAUUUCAUACAUUCCAAGAAAAUGCCAGCUUUUAAAAUUCCCAUUUUACACACAAAAAUAGUUCAACCAAUGAACAGUUUAACAGCCUCACCAAAUAACAAGAAAUUAAUAUACACUAAAACUGCAAAAAAGUUCCAUUAUCAAAGUGAACAGAAAGUUUGAACAACUUGAGUUCCAGCAGUUCUUGCAGCUAAGCCUCAUCCUACUUUCCACUCUGUUUGGCCAUCUGGAAUCUCACAGCAAUAAAUGGCAAUGUGAACAUGGUUCCUAGAUACAGAAUCAUUGUUGCCAGAAGUCUUGGCUUGUUCUUUGUUUGGAAAGGCAUAUUCUGCAAAUGGAAAUGUACCUUAUAAGACAACUACAGUGUGUUGCGGGAAUUCUUAUAACGCCGCUCGCUGGUUCAAGCAAAUCAAAUGGACUGUAUCUUAACGAUGUAACAACAUGAUUUAAUCCAAUCCAACAAUCUAUUGCAAUGUACAGUUCUCACACAUAAUUCAUCGAUCAAGGCAAGAACUAGAAAUAGAACUAACACAUUCUAAGUACACACAAUACAAUGGGAACUCUUACUGUAUGUGUGAUUAAUAUCAAAAUACUACAUAAUGUAAAGAUAGUCUAUCCUUACAUUACGUAGUAUUUUGACUUACUUAAUCACACAUACAGUAAAAGUUCCCAUUGUAUUGUAUCUAAAUUAAGUGACUAUUACAAAAUCACACGUUCUUUCACCUUAUUUAGUUCACGAAAAUGCUUGCAGUUACAUCAUUUUAUAUCAUAAAUAUACUUGGACUUUGUCUACAUUAUUGUGAAAUCUCAUCUCACAAAAUCUAACUUCUUUGUGCUAUAAAUACAAUUUUCUGAAAAAUAUUAACAUUAUACCCAGCUAUGUUGUUUAUGUAAGGACAAACAUAAGGGGGAUAAUACUCUGUUUAUUCGAUGCUGAAAGUUUUGACAAAGUACUGACAGAAAGUAUCUGCAAAAGAAAACAUUCAAUGGAGGGGAGAAGUAAAACGCCGGGGAGACUUCUGAUAUGUUUAAUUUUACAGGUGAAAGCUACAAUCUCAGUCAAAAUUGUUAGGACACUUUACUGUCUUCCUGCCAACCAACUGUUGGACUAGAAGAUUUGCUAACUUAACUGUGAUAAACAACAUUGGGAGAGAAAGCGGAGGAGCAAGAAGGAAAAUAAUAGCGUUCCGUGGAAGUGUCCCAACCUUUUUUGUCAAAGACUGUUAAGGUAGGUCUUUCUGGAAUAUCAGCUUUAUUGAAUAUCGCAGGACUGUGUGUGUAACUGAGAAAAUUUGGAUCAGCAUGUACGUGUUGUAGUGAAUUUUUUAUCUCGGGUAAUUUUUGUUUUUCUAUUGUUUUGGGGUAUCGUAAUCAGGGCUGAGUUGUUCAAAGCCGGGUUUAGUUAACCUAGGGUUAGUGCGAGAUUUGAAUUCAAAAUUGGAAGCUUAAAAAGCAUUUCACUUUUAAUUCUUUUUGUCUCCAAGUUGAUGAUUGAAAGCUCUAAAUAUAACAGAGAAAAUUAUCCGAGAAAACGCUUUUGAACACAAGAAAGAGAAACCCGGGUUAAGUACUAAUUGGCCUUCAAACAACUGGGCCCAGGGGUUUCAAUAAGCACUAAUGGCCGAAGAAACGCGUCGGCUACUCCUUAUUCUAGAAAGAAGGAACUAGUUUGAACAACUGUGUAAACAAAAAAUAUAUUGUAAAAUCUGACAGUGUAUUUAUGAUCAACCUCGUUCCAAGGGUUCUCUCCUACCCGCCCUACGGAGCGAGAGAGAGACCCUGGAAAACGCUGGUCAUGUGCCUCCCAGAAACUGGGAGAUUUACAAACAAACGAUUUGGGGGAGGGGCAGGUAAGUGUGAGAUUUGUCUUUACAGAGUGUCGACAGGUCAGUGCAGCCAUGAAACUGUGUACCUGACCUGAUCUUGAACGCCGCAAAUAAUACACAAAAUCCUUUGACAGCGAAAGCGCAACUCCCUGCAGAAUAUCUGAAUGUUAAACGGAUGUUUAUCAGCGAUGCUUUCAUUUGGCACAUGCAAUGGAAAUCGCGGAGGAUUCACCGUUUCUGCAGUCAAAAUUAAUUUAGGUAUCCUGGUAGUAGUAUUCAUACUGAAACGCGCUAGAUUUAAAUUACCGUUUCUAUGUUGUGGAGGCCAGUUUAGAAAACAAAUGUUAUGCAGGGCGACGAAAAAAUGUAUCAAGCGUUGCUGUUCUCACAGACCUCGAAGCAACAGGAAGAGAGAAUAUGUGGCCUGGACAGUCAGGCCAGUUGUUAGCUAUUCUUCAAUUGGAAAGAGGUAAAGAGAAUCUUGAAAAAAAUAUUUUUAGCUGAGGCUCUUUUUUUAUUUUUUUAUUAUUGUCGUCAUUUAUAAUUAUUAGGAUAGCUGUAGGCUUCUUUGUUAAAAACUGUGAUAUGGCUCAUCUUGGACAACUGCCAACCGUUUAUUGUUCCUUAUUAAUUUUCUGGGUGUUUAGGUAUGCUUUAUAGGAUUUUUAGAAAUCACUGAGCCACAUGUGCCUUUAAAAAUAAAGUUUUCAUAUGGACUAUACACAAGACAGCUUUUCGCUUGGAAGGUAAUGUUGUCUGUUUUGUCUCUGUUUAUACUAUUUCCUGUUGUCUUCCAUGUUGUGUUGGUAUAUAAUUAUUUUUAUCUUUGAUCUAUUUACCACUUUUCUAUUG